GAAAGAUAACCACUGCAUCAACUCCAUAAACUGCAUAACAUUGGCAAAUACAAACAAAACCAGAUAUGUCAACAGGAGGACUUUUUCACGUAGUACUUUUUCUUCUAUUUGAGCCGUCAUUACUACAAAUGCCACCAAAAUGUGAGAAAGAAACGGACUGUCCCAAAGAGAAUCAAGUUGUUUUUGGAAAAUCAACAACUGAAAUCCCACGCACUCUAAAACCUGGAGCCACUGAGGUCUUCUUUGUGGACAGUAGCAUUACAUCUAUUCCAAAAGGUGCGUUUGCUGAAAAUCCUCAAUUGGAAAAAGUGGAAUUUAUGAAUGCCGAGCUAGCGUCUGUAGAGCCUGGAGCUUUUGAAGGCUUAAUUAAUGUAAUCAAUUUAGAAAUCUCCGGUAGUCCACUAACAUCAAUCCCUGUUGGAGUUUUCAAUGAUCUUGGUAAUAUGGAGAAGCUUGUGCUAAAAUUCAACAAGUUGCUCACACUUGAGAAAGGACUUUUUGAUGGUCUGAGAAAACUAAGAGAACUGCAGCUGCAUGGAAAUGAUAUCCACAUAAUUGAAGACAAAGUUUUUGAUGAUCUUCAGAAACUUGAAAUACUCCAUUUGGCUAAAAACAAUCUCUCGGCAGUGGCUACUUCCUGGUUCUUCAAGCUGACCAAACUGCAGAAGCUUCGUCUUUAUGAAAACCAACUUACGUCCAUUCCUGAGGAUAUUUUUCAAAACAUGCCUAACCUAAAGGAAAUUGGCCUGUAUAGUAAUAAAAUAUCAGAGCUAUCACCAAGUCUAUUUCCACAUAAAGAAAAACUUAGCAUUAUCACCCUGGAAAAUAAUCUUUUGACUAAUUUGCCGCAAGAGUUUUUUGUCGGUUUUCCCCAGCUUAAAACGCUGACCCUAGCAAAGAAUCAACUAACUUCUUUUCCCUCCUUGCUUUUUGGAGACUCGCCAAAAUUAACAGAACUGAGCUUGAGUAGGAACAAUCUCAGCAGCUUGCCUAAAGGAAUCUUCGCACCUUUGAAAAAAAUUAAGAAAAUUGAUCUAUCCAAAAACAAUUUUAUCACUUUGUCUCCUGAGUUUUUCGAAGGAACAAACACUCUCACUGAGCUAAAUCUAAUGAACAAUAAGAUAUCAUCACUUGGGAAAAACAUGUUUGAAAAUUUACCAACACUGAGUACGCUUAAAUUGAGUGAGAACAAUCUGCAAACUCUUCCUGGUGAUAUCUUUACUCCUUUGAACAAACUAACAAAGCUUUAUCUUGCCAACAACCCGUGGCUCUGUGACUGUAAUUUGAUCCCAUUUUAUAACUGGAUGAAGGACAAUGCUGAUAAAAUCAUUUCUUCAGUGAACUGUGGCCAACCAGAAAAUAUGAAUGGACAGGAAAUAUUGUCAUUGGCAGAAGAUCAGUUGAUUUGUCCAAUGCUUCCCCCUACUACUACUACAAGUACCACUACCAGUACUAUUACCAUGACCACUACUCUACCGACUACUACUGCUGCUCCUACUACUCCCACAACAAAUACCCCAACAACGCGACCAACUAGCACCACUACUCCGACCACACAAUCCCCAACUACAACAAGCACACAGCCUGCACAGUGGCACCAAAUCCCAGUCAAGUGUGUUUUGUGCUCAGGGUUAACCAUAGCCCGUGGCAUUACACAAACACACAUUUUGCCCCCUCAGUGCCCACCUGCCCCCCCCGGUCUCCACCCGAGCCAUCUGAGUCCAAUCUCUGCCGACCAGCUGCAGCCCCAGGGAGAGCACCACACCACGGAACAAGGGUCACCAUGA